AUGGUGUCUCCUUACGGAAACAAGAAAAAGGAUCUAGCUAGUUCUAGCACUAUGCGUGUUCCUGCGUCAAAGACAAAAGAGUUGCGUCUAUUCGGACUCACGAUUUUGAUUUCCCUUUUGAACGCGAUUUAUUGGUCAUCGGAAAUGUUGGGUUACCGGUUGAGCGACGGGGAGCCACGGUUCCUGACGCUCCCUAGCACUUCAUCGUUACUGUCUUCCCCAUCCUUUACAUACCCGGCAACAUCUACCAAAAAACUUCCUGACGCGCCUUGGACAAUCUUUUAUAAUGCGUACCUGCCGCUGGAGAACACCACUGAAGCCUUUGCGAUCAUUGAGGAGCAGUUGCAGCAGAUCAAUAACUCUCACGGUGCUACAAGACCGGGACUUGCCCCAGUUAAGAUAAACUUACUCACGAUCGGCGAUCCGAUUGGAGCGGAGAAGGUGCGAGCCUACUGUUCGACGGAGACUAAUCUAGACUGCGAGCAUUUGCAACACCAUGAGGACGGCAGUUUCGAAGACGUUACCCUGUCUCGGUUAUACGACUUUUGUAGCAACCAGGAGACCGAUGAUAAUAAACUCGAUCCCAGCACCUCGCCACACGAUCCGAUUGUUGUCUACCUCCAUUCGAAGGGAACUUAUCACCCCAGCGAAAGGAAUGAUCACUGGAGGCGGUACAUGACAGACGCGGCGAUGAGUCAAGAAUGCUUGGAGUUUCAAGAUCAACACGGCCGAGAGAUUGCCCCAACGACAAACAUUUCUUCUACUCAUAACACUCAGUGUAACGUGUGCGGAUUUCUAUUUCAUCCGAUAUGGACACCUUUUUUUCCAGGCAAUAUUUGGUCCGCCAAGUGCAGCUAUAUCCGAAAGCUGAUGCAUCCACAAGUCUUUAAAAACCAAUCCGAGUCGACGGCUGACAAGGCUGUGGCUCUCAUGAGAGAAGGACGUUUCACUAUGAAUUUGCUAUCCCCUUUUUUGGAAGUGGGCGGUUACUUGGGACGUGAGCGAUUCGCAGAUGAGCAUUGGGUGGGGAGUCAUCCCUCAUUGGUACCUUGUGACUUGGCUCCUAGGCCGUACCUGAUGAAGUGGGUCCACCCCCGACUACGGAACAGUUUUCGUGCUCCGCCACUCGAAUGGUCAGUAGCGCCUCGCCACGGAAUCAACGAAGAUUGGUUGUUCUUGCAGGGUCUUCAAAAGAAGUAUCGGCUGGUGGCCGACCCUGAUUGGCGUCAUCGAGAGUUCUUCUUGUUGCCGGGAGCGCUGUGGAAGUGGAUCACCUGGUACGACAAGGUACCGCCGGCGUCUUCGUAUGUGUGGAAAUGGUUUCCGGAUGGACUAGAAUGGCUGGGACGCGUGGAAACAUUGGGUACGCAAGGUCUGCUGCAGUUUUUGACUGAAGACACCUUUCUAUACCCGUCAGAUGAAGCGUCGAGUGUGAAUCCGUUUCAGAUCGUCGAGAAAGAUGAUAAAGAAGGUUCAUCGCGAACAUUCUUCUUCCACAUACAGAUUCCGAAGCAGCUUGCUGACGAGAAGAGCUUUCGUGGAGUUGUGCUUCGACGGCUUGAAUCGAUUGGCGAGCAAUCCCCGGGAGCAACGGUUUUCUUCAACACAGUAGGGGAAUCGGGUAUACUGGACGUGGAAGAGAUGAAAAACUUUUGUAGAGAGAAGUUUCAUCUAGAUUGUGUGCACAUGGAGCACUUGGAUGCCGGGAUGGAUCUUGUCACUUUGAAUCGAGUACAUGAGUUCUGCAUGAGCCACAAUACAUCACGCGUUGGGUUUGUUAGGACAACAGGAUGGCCCGAGUUGUCGGCUGCUUUUGCGAGUCAAGAACGCCUAGAGCAAACCAGAGUUGUGGCAAAUGAUAAGUGCUGGACAAACACAGAUUGCGAUGUUUGCUCACUAAAGACCAACUCCAAAUCCGGUAACAUUUCACCGAAGAUUCAACGUAUUGUUAUUUCGUCACCGUCGGUUACCCAUGGUGAAGUUAACAAAGAAACACGUGGUGAUAAAUCUUCCCGCAAUGGAUUGAAAAAGCGCGCCAAGCAGGCUCAGAAGGGACGGAGUCCUUUAAUGUGGACAGCGAGUUGUGCGUACAUCAAUGAUUUAAUUCACCCAAACGAGUUCGCCUCUCGUUUGUCGGAAGAUCGUUGGAAAGACAGCCAAGAAUCUGCUACCUCCGAUCAUGUUUCUGGAAACAUGAAUAUCAGCAUCUUCCCAUCCUCCUUGGAGACAGGGUUUUUCCAGCUCAAAUGAACACAAAGUAUACAGCUGGGCCAUCGUAUCUACAGUCAAUCGCUUUUCAUAAAAAAGGGAUAACUGCAAGUCUUGGCGAUUGUUGCAGGCCUUCCUCCAAGUCCUCUAACCGAACAUCGCUUCCAAUCUCGAGCGACUCUGGAUGGGUCGUUCUAAGGUGUGCGUGU